AAUAUCGAUAUAGCAAUGGAGAGUGAUCAGAAUGAGGGUGAACUGGAGCAACAACUGCUGCAAGCGAAUCCCAUCUACACGAAGGUUAAGCCCCUGCUGGAGGUCACCAAGCAGGAGGAGAAGCUCGUCCAGAAAGAGGAUGAGCUGAAGCAGGUGCGCGAGAAGCUCGACACGCUGGCCAAGAACACCCAGGAGUACGAGCGCAAGUACCAGCAGGCGCUGGUGGAGAAAACCAGGCUCGCCGAACAUCUGCAGGCCGAGACUGAGCUGUGCGACGAGGCGGAGGAGUCGCGCUCGCGUCUGAUGGCUCGCAAACAGGAGCUGGAGGACAUGAUGCAGGAGCUGGAGACGCGCGUCGAGGAGGAGGAGGAGCGUGUAUUGGCCCUGGGCGGUGAGAAGAAAAAGCUGGAGCUGCACAUCCAGGACCUCGAGGAGCAGCUGGAGGAGGAGGAGGCCGCGCGCCAGAAGCUGCAGCUGGAGAAGGUCCAGUUGGACGGGAAGAUCAAGAAGCACGAGGAGGAUCUCGCCCUCACCGACGACCAGAACCAAAAGCUGCUCAAGGAGAAGAAGCUGCUCGAAGAGCGGGCCAACGAUCUCUCCCAGACGCUCGCCGAGGAGGAGGAGAAGGCCAAGCACCUGGCCAAACUGAAGGCCAAGCACGAGGCCACCAUCGCCGAGCUCGAGGAGCGCAUGCACAAGGAUCAGCAGCAGCGCCAGGAGACGGACCGCACCAAGCGAAAGGUGGAAACCGAGGUGGCGGACCUUAGGGAGCAGCUGAAUGAGCGACGCACCCAAGUGGAGGAGAUGCAGGCGCAGCUGUUGAAGCGCGAGGAGGAGCUCACCCAGACCCUGAUGCGCAUUGACGAGGAGUCCGCCACCAAGGCCACCGCCCAGAAGGCCCAACGUGAACUCGAAUCGCAGCUCGCCGAGAUCCAGGAGGAUCUCGAGGCCGAGAAGGCGGCCCGCGCCAAGGCCGAGAAGGUGCGACGCGACCUCAGCGAGGAGCUCGAAGCACUCAAGAACGAGCUUCUCGACUCCCUGGACACCACGGCCGCCCAACAAGAGCUGCGCUCCAAGCGCGAACAGGAGCUGGCCACGCUGAAGAAGUCGCUGGAGGAAGAGGGUGUGAACCACGAGGGCGUCCUGGCCGACAUGCGGCACAAGCACUCGCAGGAGCUGAACGGCAUCAACGAUCAGUUGGAGAACCUGCGCAAGGCCAAGUCCGUGCUGGAGAAGGCCAAGGGUACGCUGGAGGCGGAGAACGCCGAUCUGGCCACCGAAUUGCGCAGCGUCAACAGCUCCCGGCAGGAGAACGAUCGACGACGCAAGCAGGCCGAAUCCCAAAUCGCAGAGCUUCAGGUGAAAUUGGCCGAGAUCGAACGCGCACGAUCGGAAUUGCAGGAGAAGUGCACAAAGCUGCAGCAGGAGGCGGAGAAUAUCACCAAUCAGCUGGAGGAGGCCGAGCUGAAGGCAUCGGCAGCCGUCAAGUCGGCCAGCAAUAUGGAGUCGCAGCUGACGGAAGCGCAGCAGCAGCUGGAGGAGGAGACACGCCAGAAACUGGGCCUCAGCUCCAAGCUGCGCCAGAUCGAGUCCGAGAAGGAGGCGCUGCAGGAGCAGCUCGAGGAGGAUGAGGAGGCCAAGCGUAACUUUGAGCGCAAACUGGCCGAGGUCACCGGCCAGAUGCAGGAGAUCAAGAAGAAGGCUGAGGAGGAUGCCGACCUGGCCAAGGAGCUGGAGGAGGGCAAGAAGCGGCUCAACAAGGAGAUCGAGGUGUUGGAGCGACAGGUGAAGGAGCUGAUUGCCCAGAACGAUCGCCUGGACAAGAGCAAAAAGAAGAUCCAAUCGGAGCUGGAGGAUGCCACCAUCGAGCUGGAGACGCAACGCACGAAGGUGCUCGAGUUGGAGAAGAAGCAGAAGAACUUCGACAAGACCCUCGCCGAGGAGAAAGCCAUAUCAGAGCAGAUCGCCCAGGAACGCGACACUGCAGAGCGGGAGGCGCGCGAGAAGGAGACCAAGGUGCUGUCGGUGUCCCGCGAGCUGGACGAGGCCUUCGACAAGAUCGAAGAUCUCGAGAACAAGCGCAAGACACUCCAGAACGAGCUAGACGACCUGGCCAACUCCCAAGGCACCGCCGACAAGAACGUCCACGAGCUUGAGAAGGCCAAGCGCGCCCUGGAGUCGCAGCUGGCCGAGCUGAAAGCACAAAACGAGGAGCUCGAGGACGACCUCCAGCUGACGGAGGAUGCCAAGCUGCGUCUCGAGGUCAAUAUGCAGGCCCUGCGCUCCCAGUUUGAGCGCGACCUGCUGGCCAAGGAGGAGGGGGCGGAGGAGAAGCGGCGAGGACUGGUCAAGCAAUUGCGCGAUCUGGAAGCGGAGCUCGAUGAGGAGCGCAAGCAGCGAACGGCCGCCGUGGCAUCGAAGAAGAAGCUGGAGGGCGACCUCAAGGAGAUCGAGACCACGAUGGAGAUGCAUAACAAGGUGAAGGAGGAUGCCCUGAAGCACGCCAAGAAGCUGCAAGCACAAGUCAAGGAUGCGCUUCGCGACGCCGAGGAGGCCAAGGCGGCCAAGGAGGAGCUGCAGGCGCAGAGCAAGGAGGCCGAGCGCAAGGUCAAGGCCUUGGAGGCAGAAGUAUUACAGCUGACCGAGGAUUUGGCCAGCUCGGAGCGGGCCCGACGGGCGGCCGAAACGGAGCGCGACGAGCUUGCCGAGGAGAUUGCCAACAGUUCCAGCAAGGGAUCGCAGAUGGUCGACGAGAAGCGGCGACUGGAGGCCCGCAUUGCCACACUCGAGGAGGAGCUGGAGGAGGAGCAGUCCAUUUCGGAGGUUCUGCUCGACCGCAGCCGCAAGGCGCAGCUGCAGAUCGAGCAGCUGACCACCGAGCUAGCCAACGAGAAGUCCAACUCGCAGAAGAACGAGAAUGGACGUGCCCUGCUCGAGCGCCAGAACAAGGAGCUGAAGGCCAAGCUGGCCGAGAUUGAGACGGCACAACGUACCAAGGUGAAGGCCACCAUCGCCACGCUCGAGGCCAAAAUCGCCAAUCUGGAGGAGCAGCUGGAGAGCGAGGGCAAGGAGCGACUGCUGCAGCAGAAGGCCAACCGCAAGAUGGACAAGAAGAUCAAGGAGCUGACGAUGAACAUCGAAGACGAGCGGAGACAUGUCGACCAGCACAAGGAGCAAAUGGAUAAGCUGAAUAGCCGCAUCAAAUUGCUCAAGCGCAAUCUGGACGAGACGGAGGAGGAACUGCAGAAGGAGAAGACACAGAAGCGCAAGUACCAGCGCGAGUGCGAGGAUAUGAUUGAAUCGCAGGAGGCCAUGAACCGUGAGAUCAACUCACUCAAAACUAAACUACGACGCACCGGCGGCAUGGGCCUCAGCUCCAGCCGGCUCACGGGCACACCUUCAUCGAAGCGCGGAGGAGGCGGUGGUGGGGGCGGCGGCGGCGGUGACGACAGCUCAUCGGUGCAGGAUGAAUCAUUAGAUGGCAAGGAUUCGGGCAAUUGACGCGUUAAUUAUUAGGUCAAGAUCGAGAAUAGGACGGAGAAGAGAUGAAGAAGAGAAGAGCAAAAUAAACGAUUAUAUUUAAUGUUUCUUUUAUAUAAUUUCUCUGUUAUUUUUUAUAUAAACUAUUAUACAUACUUAAAUUAAAAACGUAAACCAACAAAACCAACAUUUUAUAACGACAAAAAACAUAAACAAUGAAACAAAAAAAGCAAAAAGAAAAACAAUGUUGUCAAACACUCCAAUUUCCCCCAAUUUAAAUUUAUAUAAAACAACCAUAAACACAUAAGAAACUUUCCCCGCAUCCCUCGAUUGGCUGCCGAUCGGAGCAAGCAUCGAAAAUAAAAACGAAAAUUAUGCAACUCAAAAACAA